AUGAAGUCCAAUUACUCUCCUACCAUAUUUGCGUCAUUACAACAACCACAAAAUCAGCUUUUCAAAGAUUUCCCACAAAAACCAGAAUGUAUGGAAGAAAAUAAGGAUAGGUUCGGCACAAUGCUAGGCCAUCUUCGCCAAUAUACUGAGAUUGACGAUGAAGAAAAGAAAAUAUUGAAUACAAAGAUAGAUGGAUUAAAAGAUCAGUUGACUCAUUAUAAACACCAGAAAACCGAUGCCAUGGGAUCGGGACCUUUAACAAUUGCAGAAAAGAAAAGGAUGGUUAUUUUGCAAAACGAACUGAAAACUUUGAAAUAUCAAAUUAAAACUUUGGAGAAAGAGAAAGAACCCCUCAUUAAAGAAUCUGAACUGUUCAAAAAAGAAAUUAGAAAUUUGAAGAAAGAUAAAUUCGACAAGAUUAGUGAAGUGACAAACCUAAAAGUAGAGAUUUCCCAACUUGAAAAUUUGAUCAAAAGUAAAUAUGAGGCAAAGUUGUCGAAUUAUAAGAAAUUGCAUCAAAAUUUGAAAAUUGAGAAUGAAUCAUUAGCGAAUAGAUUCAAAGUUUCUGAAAAAAAGAUACAAGAGCUUGAAAAUAUCAAUGAACAAUUAACUGAUUCCCGUGGGGAAAUAAUCCAGGAAAACAAUUUUCUCAAAAAAAGCUUGAUAGAUAAUUUGGAAAAAUUAAAAGAGUUGGCAUUGGAAAAUGACAGGCUCAAAAAUACCAGUCGCUCGCAUAAUCUUUCAUCUUCCCCAAAAAUGAAAGCGGCAACUUCUCCAAAGUUAAAAACAGCGCCGUCGCCAAAAUUGAAAUCAGGGAUUUCUCCUAGACCUGAAAGAAUUCCCGAAUCAAGAGUACAUCAUGCUCGUCUUGCAACUGAGAAACCAGUCAUCUCCCACCAACCUAUCAGACUUUAUCAGCGGAGCAAUCAUAAUAAUGGAGUUUCCUUUACAGACACUAUGAGAAGAGAUCUUCCACAAAAUCCAGCUGUUCAAGAUAGUGAGUCCCCAACUCUGAUAGAACCGGAGAAUGAGCCUUGCAAACCAACUAAGCUACUCACCGUGCGGAUUGUGGGACGUCGAUCAAUGCUCAAACAAUGUGGAUUCCAAUUUCAAGUAACAGAGGAGGACUUGGAAGAUACUAGCUUUCUUUUUGAGAAAUGUUGCACUAAGUAUUGCCAGAAGUACGGUUUAAAUAUUAAUGGGAUGGAAUUCACCAAUUAUAAAGGUGACAAGUUGAGCUGUUCUGUUGGAUAUCCAUUGGAAAAUGGAGAUAUCAUUUAUGUUAAUUACAAAUGA